AUGGUCCGACACGAAGACCACUCGUACAUUGUUCCGCCAAACGUGAGGCCGACGAGAAAGCGUGGUUGCGCCAACAACCAUGACGUUGCCGGCCCAGUCCACCUGCGUGAACACGACUGUCCACGGAACCCGCAGAGGCUUGAUUCGAAGGGACAAGACCAUGACGGGCAGGGCCAAGAUGCAAAUGAGAAGGUUGAUGUAGAAGCACCAGCGCCAGUAUCUCUGCACCAGCGCGCCGCCAACCACGGGCCCGACAAUGGUUCCCAGUGCCGUGGUAGAAAGCACGAUGCCGAGAUAUUUCCCCCGGUCCCUCGGCGAUGCCAUGUCGCAGACGACCAACUCGACGAGCAGCGUGAUGCCGCCGCUUCCCAAGCCCUAGACAGUCCGGCCAGCAAUCAUAGUCGUAGCACUGUUAGCGCCGCCCGCGAUGCUGCUGCCCAGGGCGAACAUGGCAUCCAAGUGUAG